AUGUCGGAAAUCAAACAAUGUCUGAAAGACGCAAAGAACUCAUUGGCUAAUGAGGACUAUGAAGACGCGAUCAGAGAAUCAAAGCGCGUGCUAAAACUUGAUAGUGAAAACUAUUUCGCAUAUGUUUUCUUGGGUAAAGCAUAUUCUUGUUUGAAUGAGUUACGUCUAUCAAAAGAGAGUUAUCAAGAAGCUAUAGCUAUUCAACCAAAUAAUAACCUGGCCUGGAAGGGUCUCUUUAUGCUACUCAAGAAUGCAGAUGUUAUCCCCACUAUUGUUUCAUUUGACGAGUACUUUGAUCUUUGCGGUCAGUAUGCUGAGAUCCUCUCUCAAUUGGAACUACCACAAAUUGAAUUGAUAAAUGAUAUAAGAGAUUUCCGGAGUCGUUAUAAAGAUAGCCAGGAGUCAUUUUUAAGACAUAUGCAGCCUGGCACUGACAUGGCAGAGAGGCUUUCUCGUCAUCUUAUAUCCCCUCAAGAGGCAUUGGAGGGGUUGCUAAAUAUUCUAAGUGCCAGAGAAUUACAACAGGUCUCUAAGGUGGUGAGUCGUGAAAGGUUAAAAAUCAGUGCUAACGAUCCAGACUAUAACCUAAAGAUCAACACUUUAGCGUGGCAGAUUUUCAAAGAUUCCGAGCUUGAUGAUUUAUAUCAACAACUGAUAAACGUUACAGAUGACGAUCUGCAUAGAAGAGAAUUAGAAUCAAAGUGGUUAGAAUACCGUAUAAAGGUCCUCAAAUCUAUGCCUGCGGAUCUCAAGCCUCAGUUUUUCAAUAAAAUGAGGACAAUGGUGACAGAUAUGAUCGUGAUAGAACAUAAUUCAUUGCUUGCCUGGCAGUUUUUUUUUGAAUGGCAUGAUUACUCCGAUUUGAAUAGCAUAGACCCCAACGUAAUCUCGAAAUUUUUAAAGAAAUUCCCAAAAGAGCCCCUAGCCGUCAUAUUAUAUGCUUGGGUAUGUUCUGAUUUUUCGCUUUAUAACGCAAAGGAAUUCUGUGAAAAAACGUUUAAUGACCAAGAUUCUAAUGAAAGCAAUUCGACGAAAAACAUCUUGGACGCUGUUACCGAUGAUAUUGAUGAGGAAGAAAAGGAUGAGUUGAAAAAAUUGGUAGAUCCAUCAGUUGAAGAAACCGAAUAUGGACUUUCAGAGGAUGAAGUGCUGGUAGCACUUACAGACAAUAUAAAGAAGACCCAACAGAGCAUUCUUGCUCACAGAAUUGUAUCACACUACUAUCUAGCGUCUCGCGAAUAUGAAUAUGCGCUGCCUUACAUCAAAGCCGGAAUAUCUCUCGUAAUCCAUAAUGUGAAAAAUCUCGGUGCACAAUUAUCAAACUCAAAGAAGGAAUUAACUUUAGAUUUGGCAACAGCAUAUACAUAUUUUGAGGCUCCUAAGAACCAUGCUACUGCUCUAUCGCUAUUUGAGAAACUUCUCUCCGAGAAUCCGGACAAUGUGGAUGCAAAGAUGGGCAAAGGUUUGAUAUACAUCGAAAGAAAGAAUUGGGAAGAAGCUUUUGAGUUGCUUUCUGAAGUUUCAAAAUACAAUCCUGCCAAUCUCGAAGUUUUGUCCGAGCUUGGGUGGAGUCAGCUACAUCUGAAUGACACUGAUAGUGCCAUAGAAAAAUUCAAGUAUGUUUUAAACAACUUAACAGGUACUGAUAUGCCUAUUCUUGACUUCAGGGCCCUUAAUCAUUGGCGAAUGGCAGUGUCAUAUAUCAAAAAAUCUGAGAAUGAAGGUGCAGCUUGCGAAGAAUUGAUAAAAUCUGCCUUCAAGCAAUUAGUACAAGCAAUUAAAAUUUCAGAAACAUUCUCUGCUAGUUAUUCAACGUUAGGUGAUCUCUAUGCGCAAAAUUAUAAUGAUCCUACGAGAGCAUUUAAAUGUUACUUUAGAGCCUUCGAACUUGAUCCAAGUGACCUAAAUGCGGCAAAGUACAUGUGUGAGAAAUACAGCCAAACAGGCAAUUGGCAGCAAGCAGGAUUGAUUGCAGAACGUGUGGUGAAAACCGAAAAAGCAAAAAGUGCUUUACAAAAGAGCAACUGGCCAUUUAGGGUGAUGGGCGUUGCGUGUCUGGAAAAGGAAAGCGAAGCGUCCUCAAUUGAAUGGUUCCAGUCUGCUUUACGUGUAGAACCACUUGAUGUGGAAUCAUGGAUAGGGUUAGGCCAGGCUUAUUACGCUUGCGGUAGGAUUGAAGCCUCCAUGAAAGUUUUUGAAAAGGCUAUUCUUCUUCAAAGUGAUAACACUCAUGCUCAUUACUUUAAAGCUCUUUCCCUUGCAAAAUUGGGAGAAUAUACCGAGAGCAUCAGUAUAUUCAAGCAGCUUGUAAAGACUCAACCACAAGAGGAGUGCUUUCAAGUCUCAAUGGUCGAAGUGAUGGUUGAGUAUUGCAAUAUGUUAUGCUCCCGUGGAUUUCUGAGUAAAUCAGUUUCAGAAGCUGCCGAGGCAAUCACUCGUAUAGAACAUAUCAUAACUGGUAUGAGCUCACAAACGCCAAAUCUUUGGAUUGCAUUGUCGAGAGCGUUACGGUUAUUCAUUACAAUUCAAUCUCAAGUGCAUUUACUUCCAUUAGAGAGUCUAGUUAAUAUCUUUGAAGGAUUUGAAUUGCAAUAUACUGAAGAAAUUAACGAAACUGAUGACAUUGAAUUAUCAAGUUUACUUUCUGACGAUGGGGAGGAUAAUGUUGCGAUCGCAACAAAAUUUUUGAUUCUUUCUGGGAAAUACGCAAUUGCGUCUUCUGAUUACAAAAACCUCUCUCGGACAAUCAGGGCCUCUCUAUGGUAUAACCUAGGAACCAUAGAACUUCUUGGCUAUACCACCUUGAAGUCUUCCAAAUAUCGCGAUGCAUCAAUUUUGUGUUUCAAAAAGUCUAUUGAAUUCCAAUCAAAUACAGCAGAAGCUUGGAUUGGGUUCGGAAUCGCUUCUAUAGAUUUAAACUAUCGGGUAGCUCAGCAUUGUUUCAUCAAAGCAGCAGCAUUGAGUCCUAAAGAAAUUAGUGUUUGGUAUGACUUGGCUGUUCUUGCUUUGAAAAAUAAUGAUGUUGAGUUUGCAAGAGAAGUUUUGACAAAAUCUCAAAGCAUAGCACCACAGGAUUCAUCCCCAUGGCUUGGAAUGGCCUUGACACUAGAAAAAGAUGGUCAAUAUGAGGAGAGCUCGCAACUGUUUGCCCACUCAUUUGUUGUUUCCAAUGGUAAGUCGAAAGCUGCUCAAUUGCUGUAUGCCAAAAGUAUUUUAACCAAACUUGUUGGAAAAGGUCAUGAUGAAAGGGAUAUUGCACCUAGCCAGGAGCUUACUGCAGUUGCAUGCGGGCUUGAUGAGUAUUUAAAGAAAUCGCCAGAUGAUACCUUCGCAAUACAAUGUGCGGUUUUAACGUUGGAAAGGUUGCACAAUUUCGGGGUUGCUCAUAAGCUUACAGAUAGAUUGUCAAAAAUUUUGGAAAAGAGAUUUGAGAAAACUCAGAACGAAGCAGAGUUGUUCAACUUCGCCAUCAUAAAAUCUCAAAUUGCCCGCGUUAGCCUUGGAUUGAGGAAGUUUGACACUGCAGUUGAAAAUGCUGAGCUAUCUCAAGGCAUAUUGGAUGAAUACAAUAAUGAAGAUGCACGCAGGGCUACAAUUUCGAAUCAUGUCGUUGUUGGGUUAAGUUCCUUUUUCCUAGAUGAUUUAGAUCAGACAUUAGAUCAAUUCAAGACAGUGUUAGAUAAGUCAGGAGAAUCAAAACAGUUAGUUAUACUGAUCGCAAAAAUUCUGUACAACAUUGGUACGGAGGAAACUCAAGAAAUUGCGCUCAGAGAAUUAGUUCAAUAUAUGACCGAGCAUACCACUGAUCUAAUGGUGAUCUUGACAAUCGCAUCGAUCUCGCUUCUAGAGAAUAAAAAGAGCGACCUUCAAGCAAUUCUUUCGGAGCUAGUUGGCUUGCCAAUUACGGCAAUAAUAGAAGAUAAACAUAGGGAUGUGCCUUAUUUGAUAGAAGAGAUCAACAAGAAGUUAAGCGAAAAGGAGAAGUGUCAUGACCAAUGGCAAAGAACAGCAUUUUUUUUCCCCAAUGAUUGCAACUCGUGGGGCUCAUUGAGUAAGAAAAUUAGGGCUAGAGUUUGUGCAGAUUCACAAAAUCGGAUAACCGCGUCUCGAAUGAGUGAUUAUUAUUCGAGUUUGGGAAAAGUAUCCAGAAUACAAAGAGCCUUGUUCCUCUGUCCUUGGAACUUAAGUGCGGUCAAGUCCCUCAGACAAUGCUAUUGA